UUUCUCGUUUCAACUCUUCUUCUUCACCGCUUCCUCACUCUUUCCUCAUUCUCUCUCUCCUCUCUCACUCUCAUAAAUGCACACAAUGCUUCUUCUUCUUCCUUUUCUCUUUUCGCACUUUCUACCUUUAAGCGUUAAUUAAUUUCAGUUACCAAUGUCUUAGAUGAGAGAAAACGUUCUGGUUCUCGAUAUAUAGGAUUUUCAUGGCGAUAACAAUAAUGGGUAGUCUUCAUUUUUCGUCAUAUUGAGCUUUUCAACAUAAAGUUUCAAUUUUUUCAAAAGAAAAAAAAGUUUCAAUUUUUUCACUGUGUGGUUGCUUUUUUGGGAGAGGAAACAUGUGGGGUAGGUGGCGGUGUGGUGCUGGUGGCGGUUUUGGAUCUUUGAGCAAAAGGGUAUCUGCAGUUGUUGAUGUUAGUCUUGGUUAUGGGGAAAAGUUUCAUCCUUUGGAGCCUCCUUUGCUUGGUUUGAGGGGUUUUGGUACAGAGAUGUGUGGUGGAAGAGGAAGAGGAAGAGGGGUGACAUCUUUAUCUGUUGUGUUAAACCAGAUCAAGAGGGGUAUUUCAUCUUCCUCUGGGGAUGGUGGUGUUAGCAGUGGUAAGGGAACAGAAGAAGAUUCUAUAUCAUUUUCUGAAGCUAAGAGGCUUAUGAGAUUGGUGAAUGUGGAAUCCCUUAGGAUGAAGCUUGGUGUGGAAGGGAAGGAGGUUGUUUCCUAUUCUGAGCUUCUUCAAGCCUGUGAGAGUGCUGGUAUUGCCAGGAACCAAGAGGAGGCUGCAUCAUUCGCCAAGGUUCUUGAUGAGGCUGGGGUUGUUCUCCUCUUCCGAGACAAGGUGUAUCUGCAUCCUGAUAAGGUGGUGGAUCUGAUUCGAAAAGCUGUUCCUCUGGCAUUGACUUCUGAGAAUGACCCUAUAAGGGAGGAGUUAAAGAAACUGCAAGAGAAGAAAGAGGAAAUUGAUGUGUUAGCACAUAAGCAGAUGCGGCGCAUCCUCUGGUUCGGUCUAGGAUGUAGCAUAAUUACUGUUGGACUCUUCUUCCGGCUAACAUUCUGGGAAUUUUCAUGGGAUGUAAUGGAACCUAUUGCAUUUUUCACGACAACCUCUGGGAUAGUCAUAGGCUAUGCCUACUUUUUGUUCACUAGAAGAGACCCUACUUACCAAGAUUUCAUGAAGAGGCUCUUUCUUUCAAGGCAGAGGAAGCUUUGCAAGAGGCAGAAGUUUGAUGUUGGGAGGUUCAACGAGCUCCAGUGCAAGUGCAAAACACCUUUACAUUCUAGAACUGUUUUGAAGAACCGCAUUGGGGAGGAUCUGGAUCUUGAAGAUGCUUUACAUAGAGAUUAACAUUUUCAUAAGGGUUUACAAUUUUCUCUCAGCAUAAUGAACAUAUUAGAGUUAACCUUGUUCCCCCUAUUUUAACGUUGAUGGGGAGAAGUUUAAGCUAACUAUAGUUUUAGCUUCUUGGUUUACACACGUUUCCUUCAUAUUAAUGACAACAUUAAGUUCCCUUCCAUUUGGGUAGUUUGGAAGGCAAGAAAUGAUAAGCUGUUUAACAACACCAAUAUAGAUCCGGCAACUGCUAUGUCCAGAGGCACGGGUUGCUUGCAUGAAUGGCAGGAAGCUCAAGGUACAAGGGAAGCAACCCCAGAGAAUCAGUCGGAGAGGAUUUGGAAACCGCCACCUGAGGAUAGAAUCAAAGUUAACCUCGAUGCGGGGUGGACAGGAAGCUCUUCAACUGGCUUUGGCCUAGUAGCGCGAGACCACAACUCAUGUUUGUUAGUUGCAGCCACCCUUAUGGAUGAGUUUAGAUCAGAGGCUACUGUGGCAGAAGCUAAGGCUAUGCGGUGGUGCCUAGCUACGAUCAGAGACAUGGGCAUGGAGGCUGUCAUCGUGGAAUCCGACUCUGCAUUGGUAAUUCGAGCUAUGCACUCACUCAGAUGCAGACCUGAUAUUGAUCCCCUUAUCCAUGAUUGCAAGGAGCUGGCUAAGUCUUUUAGUUUUAUAUCUUUCAGUCAUGUUAAUAGGACAGCAAAUAAUGCAGCUCAUGUGCUAGCAUCUUUAGCAAAUGAUUUUCCUUCCGCUACCUGGUGGGAUAGUCCACCUCAGAUUGUAGCAGAGGCUAUGCUUGUAGACGCUUAUUCAACUCACUAAUGAAAGUCAGCCGUAUUGAACUUCAAAAAAAAAAGUUCCCUUCCAUUUGUA